CUGCAUCCUCUCUCCUCUCCUCCGACAUCCAUCUACCGUGUGUCUCUCUCCUCCGCUCUGAGCCGCCCGCGCAGGGUGCUUCUCUGAACUGAAGGAAGACGAGCAAAGCCCAGCGGGAAGAAAUGGCCUUUUAACGCUUGAGAGAAAGCCCCAGAAAAGACAUGGAUCCUCUGCCGUUUUCCUUUCUCCAAUGCCUCCUCCUCGCUUUCCUGAGCUGCUUCUCUGCUUCUGCCGACCGGAGAUUUGGUUGCCUGUUUGGGAAUGAGCUGUGUUCACCUUAUGAGAUCUGUGUCAACGAUGGCAUGUUCGGGAGGUGUCACUCUGUCCCAGUGACGGAGGUUUACACCUACGAUGUCUCGCCGUCUGUAGUGCAACGCUUCAGGAUCCUGCUGGAGAAGCUCUCCAACAGAGGUUUGACCUGGGAAGACGACGCCACCCAGCAGGUUCUGUCAAAGGAGUUUUCCAAGCUGAGGAGGAUUCCCUACAGGCCGCAGCAGAACGGGCCUGUCUACGACACAGACGGCAGGCCGGCAGCUGAAGCACUGGACCCAGUGGACCAGAGGGUGAAGCCAGUGGAAGUGGAGCUCAGGAGAAACCUGCAGACGUACCUUCAGCGUCUUGGCCUUCUUCCCAAGAUGCCGUCUGCCGCCAGCCUGGGCACCCCCAGCAAGAGUGACCGUUUCCAGGUAGGCAUCCCUCUAGAAGUCUAUCGCUCCAAGGCCCAGACUUCAGCUCAGAGGUCGUCUCCCUCCAGCUUCUCUUCCCUUCCAUCCCUCCAGACUCUGCAGAAGCAGAGACCUCCAGCCAACCAGCUCGUCGUUUCGCAGGCUGAGGGUGGCCUUCUGCUCGGUGCCCUGAGGCAGUAUCUCUCCAGGCAACUGUCCCUGCAUGGUGGGGUGGUGAGCCCAGAUCAGCACGAAGCCUCCUUGUCCCGCCCGAGGCCCUUCUACAGCAGCAGAAUAGAAAAUUCUGGGCUCAAGAAGGAUACCCUAAAAUCCAGGCUUCUGAAGAUGGGAAGAACUCAAGAGGCUUCGGUGAAGGACCCGCUCACAUCUGUAGACGAGAAGUUCAUUGAGAAUGUUUUGAAGAACGCUGAUAGGCAGCACGUGGAUGUGGACAAGCUGACGCCACACGACCUGGAUCAGUUAUCCAGCCUGAUAGCUGAUGCUCUGCAGGUGGUCGAUCAGGACCAAAGAAUAAACAAAGGUCCGACUCGGGUUAGACCUGGACCGAGAGACCUGGAGGGAGAAUUGGGGGAUGAGGAGGAGGCUUCCAGAGAUAAGGGAGAGAAGUUGCUGGAGAAUGCUCCAACACUAAAACCACAGGGGAGCGCGCCUAUAGUACCAGCAGAACUUCAAGCAGAUCACCACAUCGAUACAGAAGAGCACAAGCCUGAGCGUGGGACUCUCUUUGCCAAACUCCUUGCCUACCUGGACAACAGUUCCUUCAACGCCUCAACUUCAGUGAGAGAUCAGAGCAGUGUUGCCAUGGAGACACCCAGAGUCCAUCAGGCGGGGCUGGAAAACGUCCAGAGUCGGACCAGUGAGGCCGGAGUGGCGGUGCAGAAGAAGGAUACCACCCAGUCUGUGGAGGAGGUGUCGGAGCUGGAAGGCUGGAUCAAGGAGGUGGCGCCCCCUCCUGCAUCAGUUGUCUACGAAGAACCACAUAAGAAGAUGAUGCACGUUCCCGAGCUUCAGCUGGACGUUAAAGGUGGCAGGAAGAAGGCUGAUGAUGAUGUCUUUGGUUAUGUCAUCACAGACACAGAUGUUCUCCAGACAGAUGAAGGCCUUCACCUGAUGGAGAUCCUGGCUCGCAGGGCCAAAAUCCAGAUGACUGACUUUGCUGAGCUUUCGGUGGUGGGGCCGGCUGUGACCUUCAAAGUGAGCCAGAACACUCAGAAUGUCAGCACUGCAGAUGUGGCCAAAGUGGCUGUUGAGCAGAAAGCGGCUCUGGAGAAGGAGGCCAAGCUCAGCAUCCUGGAGGCUGGGGUCGCAGAUGAAAACAAGAUCAACCAGAUCCCCACCAAGUACAGCCAGGCAGAGUCGACUAAGUUCCUCAUCCUCACUGUCGUUUCCAUCCUGUGCAUUGUCGGCGUGCUGUUGGCCUCCACCGUGGUCUACUGCCUCCGCCACCGCUCUCACCACAAGCUCAAAGAGAAACUCACCAACCUGGGAACAGAUACUAGCAGUGAUGCUACUGCCACCUAUCAGGAGCUCUGUCGGCAGCGUAUGGCAGUCAAACCUCCAGCUGAGCGUCCGGAGCCGAUCUCGUCCAGGAUCAACAGUGUGUCGUCUCAGUUCAGCGAUGGUGGGCAGGCUGUCAGUCCGUCAGCACGCAGUAGCAUCUCCUCCUGGAGCGAGGAGCCUGCCCACUCCAACAUGGACAUCUCCACUGGCCACAUGAUACUGUCCUAUAUGGAGGAUCACCUGAAGAACAAGAAUCGCCUGGAGAAGGAGUGGGAGGCGCUGUGUUCCUACCAGGCCGAGCCCAACGCCUGCACUAUCGGCCUCAAGGAUGGCAAUGCCAAGAAGAACCGCUCCACUGCAGUGGUGGCAUAUGAUCACUCCAGAAUCACCUUGAAGAUGGAGAACAGCCAAGGCAACACUGAUUACAUCAACGCCAGCCCGAUUAUGGAUCACGAUCCCAGGAGCCCCGCCUACAUCGCCACUCAAGGCCCCCUGCCCUCCACCGUGGCUGAUUUCUGGCAGAUGGUGUGGGAGAACGGCUGCGUGGUCAUCGUCAUGCUGACGCCGCUCGUCGAGAGCGGGGUGAAGCAGUGCUACCACUACUGGCCCGAUGAGGGUUCCAACCUGUACCACAUCUAUGAGGUCAACCUGGUGUCCGAGCAUAUCUGGUGUGACGACUUCCUGGUUCGGAGCUUCUACCUGAAGAACAUGCAAACCAACGAGACACGGACCGUGACUCAGUUCCACUUCCUGACCUGGCUCAACCAGAAUGUCCCAGAAAGCAGCCGGACACUCCUUGACUUCCGCAGGAAAGUUAACAAGUGCUACCGGGGACGCUCGUGUCCUAUCAUAGUCCACUGCAGUGACGGUGCCGGAAGAACUGGAACCUACAUCCUGAUCGACAUGGUCCUUAACAAGAUGGCUAAAGGCGCCAAGGAGAUUGACAUCGCAGCAACUCUGGAGCACCUGCGAGACCAGAGGCCAGGAAUGGUUCAGACCAAGGAUCAGUUUGAGUUUGCACUGACGGCCGUUGCUGAGGAGGUGAACGCCAUUCUGAAAGCGCUUCCACAAUAGGACGGAGAACCUCCUUGUGACUGGAGGACACUCCCUGUUAUUGGUUCCUCUUGUUUCCCCCUCCUGUCUCCUCUAUCGUUCAUCUCCUCUCAUAAUUCUCUUCUGUCAUUUUGGUCUCAUCCUGUCUUGUUUUAUCUUCUUUUGUCCUUUCACUUCAUAUGUUUUCCUGUCUCCAUCACUUUCUUUUGACCUUAUGUGUUGGCUCCUCUCGUCCCUUCACGCUGCUGUCCUGUGUCCUCUCUCCUCCUUCAUCUCACCUCCUCUCCUUUCAUCCAGUCCUCCAGUUUGUCUCGUCUCUUCUGUUGCCUUCUCCUUUACUCAUCUUUUCUUCCUUUCUCCUCUUGUAUCAUCUCCUUUCUCCUCCUCUUAUUUCCACUCAUCUCGCCUCCUUCUGCCUCAGUAAACAUUGUGCCAGGAAACCACUGGACAAGUCCAGUAUAUAGACAGACCUUCCUUCUAUUGUAAUGAUCCAUGCAGCCAAAGUGUUUUCCAAAGUGACAUUUCACCACAUUUAAACACUUUUGUGAGGUUGAUAAAGAUGUUUCUCUGUGUUCUGUUAAAAGUAUAUUUAUUAUAGUUUCUCUGUCUAUAUGAGCUUUGACCUAAUAAGCAUCACUUGGGUAAAGCAAGGUUUGGCAUUUAGCACCACAAGCUACUUUUUAUUAUCUGGCUUGACAGAAUUGGUUUAGUGGGAUCAAGAGCAGUUUGAUCCAAAUUAAACAAAUAAAACUUAAAUCAUUGUGAAUUUAACGGCUGCGGGUUUUGCACCAUGCCUUCUGUUUUCCCAAGUGAUGUUAAGUUUGGGCAUUUGCCAAACCGGAGUGUUUUACUGAACUGACGCCCACAACUGCUCUUUGUUUUGUGUGUGUGUGUGUGUGUGAUGCUGAUCAUCUUGUCUCUAGCACAAAAUCAUAUUUGUUUGAUUUUUAGUGCGUAACUUUCUGAUAUGUUUUCAUACAGUAUGCUAGAGUCACAUUCAUCAGUGCCCAGUCUGUGAGGUACGUUGCUAAUACUGGAAAUGAGGUGAAAUAACAUGGAAAUGAUUUUUAUUGUCAAAGUUUUAUCAUCCUAGUGGAAGCAAUAUUGUGGCUUGUCAGUGAAGUAACACUAAUGUCUGCCUUAAUAAAAG